GCCGGAGGCAGCUGGCGGGGCUCGGGCCGCACCGCUGGAGGGGCUGCGAGCGCGCCGCCGGGGCCAGCCUGAGGCCCCUCCUGAGCGCCCCGGCCCCCGCCCGGACGCAGCGGCCGCCAGCGUCGGGCACCCGGCGGCCACCGGGGACCGGGGCUGAGCGGCCGGUUCCCGCCCCUGUGGCGCCGCCGCCGCCGCUGCUGCCCGGCCGCCCGCCCGGCUUGGCCACCGCCGGCGCGGCGUCUGGCCCCGGGGUCCGGGCUGCUGGGGCCGCGGGCGGCAUUGGGGGUUGCGCGGCGGCCGCCGCCCGCGCUUCUCGGGUUCGCACCCCGGGUCCCGGACGGCCGGCCAGCAUGGAGGAGAAGUACCUGCCGGAGCUGAUGGCGGAGAAGGACUCCCUGGACCCCUCCUUCACGCACGCUCUGCGGCUGGUGAACCAAGAAAUAGAAAAGUUUCAAAAGGGAGAAGGCAAAGAUGAAGAAAAGUACAUUGAUGUGGUGAUUAAUAAGAACAUGAAGCUGGGACAGAAAGUAUUAAUUCCUGUGAAACAGUUCCCCAAGUUCAACUUUGUGGGGAAACUUUUGGGUCCACGUGGCAAUUCUCUGAAACGUUUACAAGAGGAAACUUUGACAAAGAUGUCCAUCCUUGGAAAAGGUUCCAUGAGAGACAAAACAAAGGAAGAAGAGUUGAGAAAAAGUGGAGAAGCAAAGUACUUCCAUCUCAAUGAUGAUCUCCAUGUGCUCAUUGAAGUGUUUGCGCCACCAGCAGAAGCUUAUGCACGGAUGGGACAUGCUUUGGAAGAAAUAAAGAAGUUCCUCAUUCCUGACUAUAAUGACGAGAUCCGGCAAGCACAGCUGCAGGAGCUGACAUACCUGAACGGUGCUUCUGAAAAUGCAGAUGUUCCUGUGGCUCGAGGGAAGCCUGCCCUGCGCACACGAGGUGUUCCAGCCCCUGCAGUCACCAGGGGAAGGGGAGGAGUCACAGCCCGGCCAGUUGGAGUUGGUGUCCCACGAGGAACACCAACUGCCAGAGGAGUCCUGUCCACUCGGGGGCCAGUAAGUCGAGGAAGAGGUCUUCUCACUCCCCGAGCAAGAGGUGUUCCGCCAAGUGGGUACAGGCCCCCCCCACCGCCACCCACCCAGGAGACCUACGCAGAGUAUGACUAUGAUGAUGGAUAUGGCACUGCCUAUGAUGAACAGAGUUACGAUUCCUAUGAUAACAGCUAUAGCACCCCAGCCCAAAGUGGUGCUGGUUACUAUGAUUACGGACAUGGGCUCAGUGAGGAGAGCUACGAUUCCUACGGGCAAGACGAAUGGACUAACUCAAGGCACAAGGCACCUUCGGCGAGGACGACGAAGGGCGUCUACAGAGACCAGCCAUACGGCAGAUACUGAUUGUACUGUCUGAUGUUGUGAAAUAGCCAAUCUCCACCAGUCCUGUAUACUGUUCAAAGUAAUUUUUUCUAUGAACAAUCCCUUUUUAAAUAAAUCAAAAUGCUUAAAAAUCUGAAUGGAUGGAAUUUAAAACUACUUUGUUGAAACACCAACCUGGGCAGAAAAAAAAAACAGACAUGUAAAAAUUUGUUAUUUCUACUCUGUAUAUGAAAAAAUAGGUCAUCAAAAGGAAAAAAAAUAACUUUGAUUAAUUAGUGUUAAACAAAAAAUAGGUUUACUAAAUAUGUUAAUCCAUUCUUUUAAUAUAAGCCUCACCUUUUAUUUUAAGGGUUUCCAUAGAAUUUAGUUAUUUUAUCUUUCAGCAAUAUGCUAUUUUUUUUCUCUUGCCAACAUGCGUAAAAAGGGAAACCAAUUACAAGUGCAAAUAAUGUUGUAUUCUUUUGUAACUCAAGUCUUGAAAUGUUCUGUAGUGUUGAGCAAAGUCCUCUCUUGCUUGAUACUAAAUAAACUUUUGAAAGAAAUUUCGUGUGUGUGAGCUAACAAUUUCAUGUUUUUUUCUUAUUUAAAAAGGCUUUCAUAAAUAGUUGUAAACAGGGAAAGAAUUCAUUUAACAAUGCUUGUCAUAACAGGGUCACACUAAACAUUGUACAACUUACUUUAAAAACGGUAUAAAAAUAAAUGUACCAUUAUAUACUUACCGUAGAUUUAAAUGCUGUAUAAAGAGUCCAGAUGUUAUCUAGCUGCUUGAGUGGCACGUUAAAACGAUGCAAAACCAAAUCUUGUUUAAAAACUGGUUUUAAAAUAACUACUGGAUUUUCUGAAAAAAAUGUGAUCAGUAUUCAUCUUGUUGAGCAUUUUUUCACUAGUGCAACUUUGGAUUUUUUAUGAGAAUUUUGGUACCUUAAUGAACACCUCGCUCCAUGCUGGAAGCAAUGAGCACAAAGCUUUUAAAGGCAUUCUGACUUGACUAAUUGAGGUCGCACUCGCCAAGGCUGAGGAUGUGUAACCCUUAAACGGUCUUCAUUUCCAAAGGAGAUAGCAGCCGUCUGGGGAUGGCAGAGGAGUGGUGGUGCACCUGCAGAGGACGCAGGAGUGUGCCCUCUGCCUGUGGACUUCUCAAAGCUGUCGCCUCACCUGCGUGCCUAGUCAGACAUGAAGCUGCUUGGCAACUUGGAAAUCAUCUUCGUUUUUUUCCUGACAAUUUGUGUUCUGUGAAAUGUUUUCUAAAAUGUUAUGCUUUUCAAUUUGGAAAUCCUAUUUCUGAAAAAAAAAUAACUAUACUUUGCUGUCUGCUAAUAACAGAAAGAGAAUGAUUUGUGUAAUUGUUAAUAAAAGUUACCCACCAGUGCC